GGGGGGUUUCGGAUUAUUUUAAAAUUAAUUUAUUUUAAUUUUUAGUUUAAUAAAAACAGUGUGUAUAGUUUUUUCUGUUAUUAAAUAAAAUGGCAAGAACAAAGCAGACAGCUAGAAAAUCAACAGGAGGUAAAGCUCCACGUAAACAACUUGCUACGAAAGCUGCUCGUAAAAGUGCGCCAUCCACUGGUGGGGUGAAGAAACCGCAUCGUUAUCGACCAGGAACCGUCGCCCUAAGAGAAAUCCGAAGAUAUCAGAAAUCCACGGAAUUGCUCAUCCGAAAGUUGCCAUUCCAGCGACUUGUGAGGGAAAUUGCCCAAGAUUUUAAAACUGAUCUUCGAUUCCAGUCUGCAGCUAUCGGCGCCUUGCAAGAAGCUAGUGAAGCUUACUUGGUUGGUUUGUUUGAAGAUACAAACUUGUGCGCCAUCCACGCUAAGAGAGUCACCAUCAUGCCAAAGGACAUUCAGCUUGCUCGGCGGAUUCGCGGAGAACGUGCUUAGUCAUCUUUAUUCAGCAUAUUAUAAUGUUGCUAUGCCAUAUUAACUCAAAACUUAACAAACAAUGCAAAUAAAAUCCUUCAAUAACUUUCUUCCUACUGUUCUUGUAAAACUAAACAAUCUUGUUUUCUUUUCAAAUCUUAAUAAUUAAAAUAAACUUUGAUUUUUGUUUUGUGGUUUAAAAUCAGUAAUGCUACAAUUUUAUUUUGUUUUUACCAAGCUGACAUUCCUGUUUUACAUGUAAAUACUGUAACCCUGUAUUUAG